UAAAAACCUGAGCAGUGAUUGUUUUGUACUGUUGCCUUAUUUAAAUGAAUAAAAUAAAUGUAACAUAACAAUGUUUCUACAAAUUCAGCUACAAACUUUAUAAUAUUCUAACAAUAAGUAACAAUUUUGCAUUGAAAACAAUGGAAUCGUUAACUAUUUGUCGGUGUUGUCUCACUGAGGGACCUCACAGAGACUUAAAUUCUGCGUAUACAUGGCAUGAUAAUAAAGAAAUAUAUUCUGAUAUGCUUCACGAAUGCUUCAACAUCGUUUUAUGUACUCUACAAGGCAGUUCGAGAGUGAUAUGCGACAAAUGUAUUGAAAAGCUGAGAGAUGCAAUCACCUUCAAGCGGCAGGUUCUGUGCUCUGAGGAGAUGUUCAUAAAGAUAUAUAAUAGUAAAAAAGUGGAGGAUGCAUCUGUAAAAAUGGAGCCUAAAUCUGAAGAAAACAGCAAUGAUUCGGACAACUUUUUUCUAGCGCACAUGGUUAAGGAUGAUAUAGAUAAUGAGAUUGAACCGAGGAAGAGCAAGGUGAAAAAGAGAAAUGAGAGCUGCGCUAAGAAAAAGCUGCUUAUACAUACAGAUUGUGACAAGAAAAGCCCCCGUAUGAAGAAAGCGAAGCAAAUAAACCUGCUAGCCAACGAUAUGCACAUAGAAUCCGUGUCGAAAAUAACAGCUGAGAAAAUGAAACACAAAGAAAACCUGCUCACCGUUCUGAAAUACUCCAACGCGAUGCCGUUCAAGAACCGGUCACUCCUCGGCUUCAUAUGCAGUUACUGUGACGCCACAUAUCGAGACCCCACCGAUUUACGGAGACACACGGAGGACCACAAGAAGGAACGUCUAGAGCUCAGAACUCACAGUGACCUAACCGAGUAUCACGUGAAACUCGACAUUGCCGAUCUAACUUGCCUCCUGUGCGAGCAGAAGUUGGACAACUUGGCCAUCCUGAAGGACCAUCUAAUUAAGAAACACAACAAAUUCUUCCACAUGGACAUAAAGGACCAUAUAAUGCAGUUCAGAUUGCGGAAAGGCGACGUUUUCGACUGCGCGAUGUGCUCCUCCCGAUACGAAACGUUCAAGAUGCUGAAACAGCACAUGAAUCAGCACUACGACAAUUAUAUUUGCCCAAAAUGCGGGUCGACGUUCGCUACAAAGCGGUCCCUGCACGCGCACAAAGCGACGCACAUUGAGGGCAGUUUCAAGUGCGACCUCUGCGAGAAAGUAUUCCCGAGUCGGACGAAAAAGUUAUAUCACGAGAAGACGAAGCAUUUGGGCAACAGGAGUAUAAGCAAUUGUCCGUUUUGCGACGCCGCCUUCAGGAGCUACUAUCAAAGGAACCAGCACAUGGUGAAAGUGCACAACUCUGAGGCUCAGUACAAAUGCAACAUAUGCAACAAGGCGUACAUCCUCAAAUCGCUGCUGAUGUACCAUAUAAAGAAGAAUCACUUGAUGGAGCGGAAUUUUCAGUGUACGGAGUGCGGUUACAAGUUUUUCAGCAAGAAAGCGCUGAAGGCGCAUAUGAUCAAGCACACCGGGGAGCGGAAGUACGCGUGCGAGGUGUGUCACAAGUCGUACGCGAGGAAGUACACGCUGAGAGAGCAUAUGCGCAUCCACAAUAACGACAGGCGGUUCAAAUGCGACUUGUGCGGCAACGCGUUCGUGCAGAAGUGCAGUUUGAAGAGCCAUUUGUUGUCGCACCACGGCAUCAGCAUGGCGGCCAGCGAGAUUACCGUUUCGUAAUAAAUUGUUUGUUUAA